UUUCAGAGCUGAAUGGAAUGGUUCUGUUAUGCAAAGUCUGUGGUGAUGUGGCCUCUGGAUUUCAUUAUGGUGUACAUGCCUGUGAGGGCUGCAAGGGUUUUUUCCGACGCAGCAUUCAGCAAAAUAUUCAGUACAAGAAGUGUCUGAAGAAUGAGACGUGCUCCAUAGUGCGGAUUAAUAGAAACCGUUGCCAACAGUGCCGCUUUCGAAAGUGUCUUUCUGUGGGCAUGUCUAGAGAUGCUGUGAGGUUUGGACGCAUCCCAAAGAGGGAAAAACAACGGAUGUUGGCAGAAAUGCACAGUGCUAUGAGUCACAUUGCUGGUGGCCAUUUUGGGAGAAGGAGUCCUGUUCCACUUCAGCCACAGCAACUUCGACCUUCCACUCCUCCCCACUUGGGUCCAACCUCCUGUCCUUCACCACCUUCGAUCCCAGAAGCCUAUCCCCAUUACCCACAGCAACUGACACCUCCUCGCUCUCCCAGUCCAGACCAUGUCGAUGAUGUUAUAGGUCAAGUGACCCAGGCUCAUCGACAGAUAUUUGUCUACGCCCAUGAAAAAGUGAGCGGAAAGUUAGCAUCAUGGGAGCACCAUGACGUCUCUCCGUCAAAAUGUUGGACGCAAGACAAUGGAGAAACCAGAGGCAAUCGCAGUGUCUUUCUGGCAUGCCCCAUGAAUGCUCUGCCCCGUGGAGGAAAACUCUGCUCUGUACAGGAGGUGUGGGAAGAUUUCUCUCUCAGUUUUACCCCAGCUGUGCGAGAGGUGGUUGAAUUUGCCCGUCACAUUCCUGGUUUCCAAGACUUAACUCAACAAGACCAAGUCACCUUGCUAAAGGCUGGUACAUUUGAGGUUCUCAUGGUCCGAUUUGCCUCCUUAUUUGAUGUGCGUGAACGCUCUCUCCGCUUCCUCAGUGGAGCUACAUAUUCUCUGCCAGAGCUCCAAGCUAUGGGGAUGGGUGAGCUACUGAGCUCAAUGUUUGACUUUAGUGAAAAACUGGCGUCUCUCAACCUGAGCCAAGAGGAGCUGGGGAUCUUCACUGCGCUGGUGCUCGUAUCUGCAGACCGUUCAGGGAUGGAGAAUGCCUCAUUGGUAGAGCAGCUGCAAGAGACUCUCAUACGUGCCCUUCGCUCUCUCAUCUUUAAAAAUAGUCCAAAUGACACUUCCCGUUUCACCAAACUACUGCUGCGACUGCCCGACCUGCGAACCCUUAACAGCAUGCACUCUGAGAAACUGCUGUCAUUCCGUGUCGACACACACUGAUAGCAUGAUGGGAUCUCCGUAGAACUGCUAAAGCAUGGGCACUAAAAUAAUAGGGGUUUUCUGGUGUUGAAGUCACACUGUCACUUCCUGUGGAAGGCUAGAUCACACAGCUACGACCUCAGGAGAGAGAUGGGUGUUGGAAAAUGCUUCUAGACUAUAUCUCCAUUACAGUGAUGAUGGCUUGAGAGGAGAGUUUCCCAAGAUAUCACUAGCAUGAACUGUUCCGUGGAAGGGUGGGGUAUAAGACACUUAUGAAAGGCAAAACCUGCAGAGCAAUGUAUAUAUUUAUAUACAUAUACAUCUGUAAAUAAUUUACUGUCAUACAGUGUAAACCAUUGUGUAAAUAUAUGUGUGUAUAUCAGAAGUUGUGCUAAAUAUAAAUAUUUUAUGACUA